UGCAGCCGAUGUCGUCUGCUCUUUUGUGAGACGCCGAUAUUCCAUACAACAUUUCCGUUAAUGUCCCUUACAGCUUUGAAGUACUUUGAACGAUUCCACUCCUGAAAAAGUAUUAUUGGUGAUAACCUGCCCAAAUUUCAGUUUUCAAGAUGUCGGGAGAAUCUGUGAGAGUAGCGGUGAGGGUACGACCUUUUAAUCAAAGGGAAAAGGACAGGAAAGCCACUUUAAUCAUACAGAUGCAGGGCAACAUGACAACGAUUCAAAACCCCGAUUCAAAAGAGGAACCCAAGAAGUUUUCCUUUGACUACUCAUACUGGUCUCAUGAUGGGUUUAAAGAACAAGCAGGUGGCAUCUUGGAACCACUCCCAGGAUCAAAUUAUGCUAGUCAACAAAUUGUCUUUAAUGACUUGGGACAAGAUGUUUUGGAUAAUGCCUUUAAAGGCUACAACUGCUCUCUGUUUGCGUAUGGACAGACAGGGUCAGGAAAAUCCUAUUCUAUGGUUGGCUAUGGCUCAAACAAGGGCAUUGUACCAAUCACCUGUAACGAGCUGUUCAAAACCAUCUCUUGUAACCAGGGUGGAAGCACGCGUUAUGAAGUGACUUUCUCCAUGCUUGAGAUCUACAAUGAGCAGGUGCGAGACUUGUUAUCAAAAGACAACCCAAAGGGAGGGCUUCAGGUGCGGCAGAAUCCCACAUUGGGCAUGUUCUAUGUUGAGAACCUCAAGAAGGUCCCAGUGGGCAGCUAUGCUGAGAUUGAGAAACGCAUGGAACAAGGGACAUCAAACCGGACAGUUGCCUCUACCAACAUGAAUGCUACGAGCAGCCGUGCGCACACUGUUGUCACAAUCACUUUUGUCCAAAUCAUCAAGAAUGCUAAUGGCUCAGAAACCAAGAAAAGUAGUAUCAUGAAUCUGGUUGACCUGGCAGGUUCAGAGAGAGCAGAUUCAACAGGAGCCACUGGCGAUCGCCUGAAGGAGGGAGCCAAUAUCAACAGAUCUUUGUCAGCCUUGGGCAAUGUCAUUUCUGCACUGGCAGAAAUGUCUCAGGGAAAGAAGAAAAUCGUGGUACCGUACAGAGAUUCUGUGUUGACCAAACUGCUACAGAAUGCACUUGGUGGUAACAGUAAAACUGUCAUGAUCGCAGCUUUAUCACCAGCAGACAUUAACUAUGACGAAACAUUGUCAACACUGCGGUAUGCUGACCGUGCUAAAAAGAUAAAAAAUCAAGCAGUUAUCAAUGAGAAUCCUGUGGAUAAAUUGAUCCGAGAGCUUAGGGAGGAAAAUGAACGACUGAAAAAAAAACUCUCGGGGGAACUGGAUGUUGUAGUUCAUGCUGGCUUGAGUCCAGAAGAAAUAGCAAAAAUGCGGCGACAGAUGGAGGAAGAAAUACGAGCACAGCUCUUGGCUAAUCAAGCCAUGCUAAAUGAGAAUACACAGAACUGGGAGGAAAAGCUGUCUGCAGCUCGGACAGAAACUGAUGCAAUUGCUCAAGAAGAGACACGAGAUUUGUCCCGGAGAAUAAAAGACCCUCAUCUAGUCAACCUUAAUGAAGAUCCACUCUUGUCAGGUGUUGUUUUCCACUUUCUGGAGGGGGAAAAGACAACUGUAGGCCGCAAAGAUGCCAGUCCCCAGCCAGACAUUACUCUCAGUGGAUUAAGCAUUCAAAAACAACAUGCAGUAAUCACCAACAAGAAGGGAGAGAUAGAGAUUGAGCCUGCCUCUCAUGGCGCCAAGAUAAAAAUAAAUGGUAUUCCAGUUGCAGGCACAACCACGCUCAGCCACAAGGACCGAGUUCUCUUUGGCUCAAACCACCUGUAUGUUUUCAUCAACCCAGUCAAACCCCAGGCACCUCCUAACACUCCAGCAGAGAUAACAUAUGAGUUUGCUCAGAAAGAGAUUGCACAAGCAAAAGGUUUUCCAACUGUAGCAAUGCAGUCUGGAGCAACAUUAACCAAAGAACAGCAAGUGGCUCAGGAACAAAUCCUGGAAAUUCUUCCUAUGGUGUCAGAAGUGAACGCCAUCUCAGAGGAGCUGAACAAGCAUAAGUUAUUUGAGGUGGUACUCAUAUCAGCUGCUGCACAGGAGGGCAGUGUAAAGUCUCAAAGCAACCAUGGUAGAACAAAUUUUGUCCCAGAUGAAAGUUUAGCCACUAAUACCACGGAAGAUAACAUGAACGUCAGGGUGAUGGUAAAGAUGAAGAACCUUUUGAAUGGAAACACCUGGUUAUGGGAGCGAGGCAAGUUUAUGAACAGGCGAUAUAUGAUGCAGGAAAUGUAUCAGCAAUAUCUUGAUGGAGAAGAUGUUCUGAAGCGUCCCAAAGAAGAAGAUCCUUUCUGGGAACCCACAGAGGAUGUAUUGAUAGGCACAGCCAGCGUGUUUCUGCAGUCACUGUCCUAUGCUUUGGAUUUUGAUGACCGCCUCACAAUAACAGACUACAAAGGGCAGGAAGAAGGACGGCUUUACGUGAACAUUACACCUUGUAAUCAUCAGGGGAGGUCACUAGAUGAGGACAGUUUUGUUGAUGAGCCAAAAGAGUUGCUAGGAAAGCCAUACCACUUUAAGAUUUAUGUGAGAUCAGCAGAAAUCCACAAAUCACGUUUCUGCAAAGGUGUUCUGGUGAAAUACAAGGUGUCUAUAGUCCAGGACAUUGAGUUCACUGAGACAAAACUCAUCACUGGAACACUUAGUCCAGAAUUCAACCAUUCACGCAUCAUCUCUAUCCCUAAAAUUGGGCAAGAGCAUCUGGAUUUCUUUGAUAUAGGUUGCAUCACCUUCUGUGUGUAUGGCAAACAAGAGGACACAGAAGGAGACCCCAAACUGGUUAAGCUUACAACAAAGGAACUGCGCAAAAUGGAGCAGAUUACAUCAGUGAACAAUGGUCGAAGGAACACCAUCUUUGCACAGGAACAGUUGCUGGGUGGUGAUCAGUCCCAUGCAAAGACAGAGCUUGUUCUCAUGCAUCGCAAGUGUGAGCGGCUGAUGCAGAAAGAGCGCAGAAUGGUGCAACUCUGUGAAGAAUGGUCAAAGAAGCCUCCAGAAGACCAGCACUUUGCAUCCUUCUUCAGAGCAGUUUCUGCAGUGGCUCACAGUACAGGGACCAGACUUAAGACCAGAGUACGUCUACUGAGUCAGGUUAUGCAAGUUCAGAAAAAUGUUCGCGAAAAGCACUUGGUCUCAAAAUUGAACUUAAGAGCUGAUGGGGAGAUGGUUCAUGAGAAAGAUGAAGGGGACACAGUGUCCCUGUUUGUCUUUGGUGAAGAAGAGAGCUCUUUAGCGGCAGAAGCAGAGAGCAACAAUGGCAUCAUUCCUCGAGAACGGGUUGAUAACCAUCAUUUUCCUAUCGACACAUUGGUUCUUGAGAAGAUGCAUGCAAAAGCUGUACAGAAUGGUGCUGUGGGCUCUGUAAAGGAAACCAAUGGCAAGACUAAGGAUGGUAGUAGUACCUGCACGCUGAUGUAAUUUGUAACCAUCAAUGACAAGACUACAAUGGCAGCAGUCAUUUGUCAGAGACUUUAUGAAUGGCAAGAAUAGGAUGGUAGUAGUAAGUAAAUACUGAUGUUCUCAUUUAUAGUUAAAGAACUAGCAUCUGGCUACCAUUGUUCACUGUCUGGAUACAGUUAUGUGUGUCUAACAAAACUCCAGACCAUGCAAGCAGUGAUUAGAAAUAGUUCAGCAGAAUGAACAUUGCAACAGGUCCUUGACAAUAAAUUUUGCUUUGGGGUCAAAAUAAAAUGAGACAGCAAAGUUUUUAGGUCUUCUUCCUUUCUAUCUUUCCUUAACCACACCCUUCUACCUCCAAAAUAAUACUUUUUUGCUAAUGACCAAAACAAUACCAAAUUACCAAACGAAAGACAUUUUAUGUUGUCAUUUCAUCCACUUCAGAAUGAAGUGGCACACUGUGAUUAAGUCAAAGUUUAAAAAUUCCCUUGGAAAUAUAUGUGACCUCUGUAAAUGUCUUCUCACAAAUAUAAUGCAUAUUUGCCACAUAGUUUCCACUUGUUCUUAACACAUCAAGCAUCCCACAUUUAAUUUUAUAUACAGAGCUGCAUAAAUUUUUAAUGUUUUAUAUGUAUUGCACUAGUUGAAAAGUUUCCCAAACUCGGUGUUUAUACUUAUAGUUUAAAGGUAGCAAAAUAAAAUCUAAUAGCAAAUGGGUAUACAUGUAUUUUGCACUGAGGUAAUCUGGUAGAAUUCUCCCAGUUAAAAAAAGAGUUCAUUAAUAUUAAUUCAUUUACUUCAUGUUUUGUUUAUUAAUCAUGUUCUUACAUAAGUAUGACAUUCUGCCAGUUACUGGUGAGGAUGCUAUAAAUGCUCAUGGAAAAGAGGACACACAAGUGAUCCCCACACUUUAACUAGUCAUGUGUUUUUGUGUAUACUCUAUCCAUGAUGCCACUGACCAUGUAGGUUAGACUUAGCUUGACCUGGUUCAUAAAUAUAUAAGCAACUGCUUAAAAUGUCUAAUUCCCACUUGGGAUUUGCAUACCUGCCAGGUACCUUUGAUUUGUGGAAACCAUGCAAGAGCCCUAUAGACAUCUUUAAUAAUCUUAAGAUGAUGAUUGUCAAUGAUUGGUCACAGUUUGUGCAUCUGUUGCAAAGCAUAUAUGGAGGGAAGAAAGGGAAAGAGUGACAGUGUGGCUGUGUUUCAACAUUUAACACUUUCAAAUUUGACUCUCAAUUUAUGAAGAAUUAAAAGCUUUUAAGAAAGUUUUGAAACGAAAAUGGGUCUAAUGACUAAAGAACUGUAGCAGCAUUGUCUGUUGAAAGUUGUUUUUUUUUUGUGUGUGUUCAACAAGAACUUCUUUUUGUUCCUUUGCUAUAAGAACCAGAAGUGUUUUAUUUGAUCAUGAUAGUGUAUAUAUUUAUAAUUAUAAGAGAAAAGGUGAGGCUGAUAUUUAUAGCCUUUUAUUGAAGGACUCCCCCAAACAUGUGCACUUUGAAAAUAACUCUCAAUAAUUAAGGGUGUUAAUCUCUUAUACCUGCAAUUAACAUGCUUAAAAGAAGUUGAUUACAAAUAUGGCAGCCAAAGAAAUCUAAUCUGAAAGAAACUGCUGAAAAAGAGUGCCUUUCCAGAGAUGCUCAUAAAGUGUUUGGUUAGCUGGUUCUUAGAAAGAGAAGAAAUGGAGAUCUAAACAAAAAGAAAACUUAAUGCACAUAUUGAACAUGUAUAAAGUCUCUGAUGUUUUUAUGGACAUGAACUUUUCUGUUAUAUACCAGCUUCAUUUUUGGUGUGAGAAUUUUGAAAAGCAACAUAAGUGAUUAGGGUUAGUGUAAAAGAAUGAGUUUUCAUUAGUGUUGAAAAGGGAUCCACUUCAAAAUCUUAGGAGGACGCACAUCAAGAAGUGUUAAAAACUGCUGGAUAUUAGAGUUUUUGAAUGUGAACUGUGUAGUACCAUAUUUUCAGAAAUGCUUUUCUCUAACAAAUUUCUUUAUUCAUUUCCUUUUUGAAAUGAAUUAUAAAACUGAUUUCAUGGGAAAUAUAUUUUGUAUUCUAAGAAAUUGUAUAUUAUGAUAAUUAGAUGUCUUGAAGAUUUCUCUUUUGUGUGCUGAUAUUAUUCUUUUUUUAAGCAUUUCCUUAUAGUUACAUUAGUUACCAUGGUGAGAUUGUGGAAGUAAUUCACUGUGUGAAAUGUACUGUCAACUCCAUUUUUGCAAACAUUAUGUAUAAAAAAAUAUUUUCACCUGUAUUGUUCAUCAUAUGUUCACCAAAACAUGCAGAUUUUUUAGAUUUUCAUUACAAUACUUGAACACAUAUCUGUUGACUUUGAGUCCUGAAAGCACAGGCUUUUGGUGCAAUAAUUGUACAAAGCACAAAGCAUCUUAUUUCAGCUGAUUAUCAUUUCCAUCACCCACACAUCAUGCAGGUCAUGAUGUCUUCGCAUUUUAAAAUUGAGGAUGUUAAACAUAAAUCUUCAUCUGGUCCUUUUUACUCCAGUUACUUUGGUCAAGCACAUGUGAUAAUUGUAUUUUCUGUUCUUGACAACUGCCAUAAAGGUCAUCAUCAUCAUUAUUAUCACUCCACUAACAGCCAGACUCAGAGCAAGAUGACCUGCCUAUGGAACUGACCCACCGGUACUAGUUGUCAAGGGGUCGGGUGAGGGGCGAUUUUGAGAACCUUUGAGCAGGUCCCACAUCUAGCAGCCUGACCACUCUAUGAAGUUUUCCACCAAUUUUUCCUUUGCUUACCACGUCAUCCUCCUUCUGAAUACCCCUGUAGGACAGUCUUCAGUAAGCUGCUGUGCCAAACAACAUGACCAAAUCAAACCAGCUUUUGCUGCUUCAUGGUGGCAAGAAGAGGUUCCUGGGAACUCACCAGGGAGGCAAUCACAUUGCAUACAUACUCAUUUGUUUUGUGUUCCUUGUAAGAGACUCGGAGCAGUCUCCUGAAGCAUUUAGUUUCAAAUACCUGGAUCUUUCUUUCUUGGUUAAGCAAGGUCUACAUUUCCUAACCAUACAGCAUGAUGGGAACAACCAGGGACUUAUAUAGUUUGUACUUGGUGACAAAGCUAAAUUUUGCUAUCCCAAACUUUGUUCAGUCUUGCCUCACUGCAGUGAUUUUAUAUUAGACAUCCACCACUCAAAUCCCACCAUAGCGUUGCACCCAGGUACUUGAAACUCUGUAUUUCUUCAAGUUGUACGCUGUUCAAAUGGAACUAAGGUUUCCAUGUUUAUUAAUGUUCAACUUUGUUCUUGUCUGAGCUGAUUUCCAUUCCAUAUGUGCUGAUGCUAGGAUUGAGCUUGUGGGAGCCUUCAACUCACUGCUGCUGCCUGCGCUUCCUCUGAGUAUGUUACUUAGUGGCCUCCCUUCAAUAGACACCAAGGUAUAGUGCUCAUGAAGCUUAUCUCACAUGAUUAUUUCCAAAUGUUGAUAAGCACAGGGCAUACAGGGUAAUCUUAAUGAAUACCCGCUGUUGGAAGGAGUUCUCCCAUUUGGUUAUUAAAGAGCACUGAGCUUUCAGAAUUGUACAGCGAUUGGAUGAUUGGGACAUCUUUUUCAGUGUUGAAUAUCUGCAUCAUGUGCCACAGCUCAUGCCAGACUCUAUCAUAGGCUUUUUGAAGUCAAUGUUAUGGGAAGGAUCCUUACUGUGUUGAAGAUGUUUUUCAAUCAGGAUACAACUGUUGAAAAUCUGUUCAAGUAAGCUGCAGCUGGCUCUGAACCUGGGCUUCUUGUCCAUGAGCAGUUCACUUCCAUUGUUGUGAGGUGGUUCGGGAUCACCUUCAGCAUAACUUUGCUUCGAUGACUAAUCAGGCUUAUCAUGCAAUUGUUCUGCCCUAAUCUUCCCCUUUUGGGGAAUGGUAUGACCAGCAUUUGCUUGGUAUUCCAUAUUUUCAGAACAGUGAGCACCUCACUUCCACAUUUGAGAAAUUCCAUUGGGAUGUUAUCAACCCUUGGAGACUUCCCUCUCUUCAGGCUACUGUUGGCCAAUUCAACCUCUAUCACACCUGGCAUUUCCAUUAACUUUAGAGCCAUGGGAAUUUUGUCCGCCUUGUGUUUUUGUGUUUGUAAUGCACAGAGAAAAUGUCUUUAGCUGGGAUACUGUGCUAUAAAAGCUCACACCAUCAGACCUGUAGGUCUGCAGGGUCUUCUUUCCUAACUUGAUCAUUUUGAAGGAUGUUUGGAUCGUUGCCAGCAGGAAGAUGUACAGGUCACAGCAGAAUUUGUUUCACCAGUUUAAUGCAACAUCUUCCAUAAGGUUACCGAUAUUAUUGAUACAUUUGGCUGCCGUCAUCCCUUUCCUGAUAACAUGGCCUUGUAGUGUUUGAUAGCUUCUCUAGAGUUGCUCAUCCUUUUGCUUUUCAAGGCCUACCUGCAGUCAAAAAGGUCAAGAGCCCCCUUCAUGACCCAGGGCUGCUUCAUCACCUUUGGGUACCCUGUGACUUUUUUGAACCAUAGACAGGGGCACCUUUGAUGCUACCAGAGAGGGUGUCCAUGUCACUGUUGACUGUGUUCAGGGUGAUAAAUUUGCCUUCAAUAAGAGAUUAGUAAACUGGUAUUUCUCUCCCCAUCGAAAGAGAUCUGCUUCUAUUAUUUUGGUCUUGAAAUCUUGCUCAUGGUGGCAGCUUUACUUUGUUACAAAGGUGACAAGAAACUGGCAGAAGCCAUGAUUUUUGCAUGAAUAUACUUUUAAAAAUACAUUUUUGCAAGGAAAUUCUGACAUAAAUUUUCUUGCUGCCCAUUUUGUUACUUCUUUGUUGUAACUUUCUUGUAACUGCCUCUUUCAUGUAGUAAAUACACCAAGCACCUAUCUUGUCAUUACUACUGAGUAAAUGGAAGGGAAUGGCAUGAUGAAUAUUUCAAAUCUAAUGUUCCAAACAUUUUGUCUAACAAUUACUUCUUUCUAUCUUCAUGAUUCUUUGGCUAUGUUUUAAUCUCCCCUCUGCACUUUUCUUAUGUUAUGGCUGUGACUUUGAAUUGCAUAGUCUGAAUGACAAAGUGGUUUGGCAUCUCUCUGAGGAUAUUUUAGCUGGUCAAGCAGAUUUGUGUGGAACUUGUCCUGCAUUCGACUACUGUAAUGGCAUUUCAUAUAAAUAUUUGGCAAGGUUUAUACAGGCUUUUGAGGUCCUGCUCUUGCCUAGCUGUACAUUUGAAGACCAGUAAAGCCAGAAUACCAAAAUACCCUAGCGUCAUGCCAUCAAUCCUGUGAAAACUGUUUAAGUUCAUUUUCCUUUGUUAGGAGUAAGCUAUGUCAUUUAUGUUCAUGUAAAGGUAACAUUUUAAAGCACUGUUUUAACAUCUGUAAUGUUUAACACUAACCUGCUGUGAUAAAUAAAUAUGCUUUCAAAGGA